GUGUUGAGUGAGUAAAAUUUAUCAGAUUUUAGUGAAAACUACUGGAAUUAACCGUUGAAACAUAAGCUGAUUUCAUUGGCGGUGCGAGAAAUUAUACAUCUGUGAUACCAUGGGGAAGAUUAUGAAAACAGGCAAGGUGGUACUUGUCCUCGGUGGACGGUACGCUGGACGCAAGGCGAUCAUCCUUAAAACGUUCGAUGAUGGAACCUCGGACAAACAGUUUGGCCAUGCCCUUGUCGCUGGUAUUGAUCGGUAUCCUCGUCGUGUAACGCGCCGAAUGAGCAAAGCCCGGCUUCACAAGCGUUCCAAGAUAAAGCCGUUCAUUAAGACUCUGAACUACAAUCACCUUAUGCCCACGCGUUACAGCGUGCCAGACGUCAGCCUGGACACUAAAUAUUCCGCCAAGGACCUGAAGGACCCAGCCAAGCGCAAGAAGGCUCGUUUCCAGAUUCGUGUCAAGUUUGAAGACAGACACAAGUCGGGAAAAAACAAGUGGUUCUUCCAGAAGCUGCGAUUCUAAACAGAUUCUACUAUGUUAAGAGAGAGUGAGUAACGUCGGAGGGAAGACACUGUGUAAUAAAAAAAAUGCGUGAAAAAUUCAAA